UGCUUAAAAAAAAAAAAAAAAAAAUGCAGAUCUGUUUAAUUUCCGGACUCACUCUCAGUCUCUCGAGCUCGUAAUAAGACAGUCACUCGUACUCAGAUCCAAAUCCAGCGAUUGGGAAUUCCCGGAAUCUGAUUUCAGCCUCCGAUCUGAGACUUGCAGUCCAUAAACAAAGAAGGGACAUUUCCUCUAAAUCCCUCUCUCGGAAGGAAAGAAAUGGAGAAAUCGUGCACACUUCUGGUCCAUUUCGACAAGGGCACGCCUGCGCUGGCCAGCGAGAUCAAAGAAGCCCUGGAAGGGAACGACUUGGAGGCGAAGAGCGAAGCCCUGAAGAAGGCCAUCAUGCUUCUGCUCAACGGCGAGACCAUCCCCCAGCUCUUCAUCACCAUCAUCCGCUACGUACUCCCCUCCGAGGACCACACCGUGCAGAAGCUCCUCCUCUUCUACCUCGAGAUCAUCGAGAAGACGGACUCCCGCGGCAAGGUCCUCCCGGAGAUGAUCCUCAUCUGCCAGAACCUCCGCAACAAUCUGCAGCACCCCAACGAGUACAUCCGCGGCGUCACGCUCCGCUUCCUCUGCCGCCUGAACGAGACCGAGAUCGUCGAGCCUCUCAUCCCCUCCAUCUUGGCCAACCUUGAGCACCGCCACCCCUUCGUGCGCCGGAACGCCGUGCUCGCCGUCAUGUCCGUGUACAAGCUCCCCCAAGGCGAGCAGCUGCUGGACUCCGCGCCGGAUAUCAUCGAGAAGUUCUUGUCCACCGAGCAGGACCAAUCCAGUAAGCGAAACGCUUUCCUUAUGCUCUUUACUUGCGCCCAGGACAGGGCUGUCAAUUACCUUUUUACCCACAUCGAUCGAGUUAUCGAUUGGGGGGAGCAACUCCAGAUGGUGGUGUUGGAGUUGAUCAGGAGGGUUUGUCGGGCCAAUAAGUCCGAGAAGGGAAAGUAUAUUAAGAUUAUCAUAUCUCUGUUGAAUGCGCCAUCCGCCGCCGUCAUUUACGAGUGCGCCGGAACGCUCGUGUCGCUGUCGUCCGCGCCCACCGCGAUACGGGCGGCCGCGACUACCUACUGCCAGCUGCUGUUGUCGCAGAGCGACAACAAUGUGAAGCUCAUUGUGCUCGAACAGCUCAACGAGCUUAAGCGUUCGCACAGGGAGAUCAUGAUGGAGACGGUGAUGGACGUGCUUAGAGCGCUUUCGAGUCCGAAUGUGGACAUUAGGAGGAAGACUCUUGAUAUCGUGCUGGACUUGAUCACGCCGAGGAAUGUGGAUGAGGUUGUUAUGAUGUUGAAGAAGGAGGUCGUGAAGACUCAGAGCGGCGAGCACGAGAAGAAUGGGGAGUAUCGGCAGAUGUUGGUACAGGCGAUACAUUCUUGUGCGAUUAAGUUCCCGGAGGUGGCGAGCACGGUGGUACAUCUCCUGAUGGAUUUCUUGGGCGAUACCAAUGUGGCUUCGGCUAUGGACGUGGUUGUUUUUGUGCGUGAGAUUAUUGAGACGAACCCCAAGUUACGGGUUUCCAUAAUCACAAGGCUGUUGGACACCUUUUACCAGAUUCGGGCUGCCCGGGUGUGUUCAUGCGCUCUUUGGAUUAUUGGUGAGUACUGCCUCUCGCUUUCGGAAGUUGAGAGUGGAAUUGCAACCAUUAAGCAGUGUCUUGGGGAGCUCCCAUUCUACACGGUCACCGAGGAAGGGGAGGUGCAGGAUGCUUCCAAGAAAACACAGCAGGUCAGUUCCACGAUGGUGUCUUCUAGGAGGCCCGCAAUUCUCGCGGAUGGGACCUAUGCCACCCAAAGUGCUGCGCUGGAAACUGCCAUGUCGCCUCCGACCCUUGUUCAUGGGUCCCUCUCAUCUAUAGGGAACUUGAGAUCCCUGAUUCUUGCUGGCGACUUUUUCCUCGGGGCAGUUGUGGCUUGCACGCUGACCAAGCUUGUUUUGAGAUUGGAAGAGGUUCAGCCAUCGAAAGUUGAAGUGAACAGAGCAUCUAUACAGGCCUUACUUAUCAUGGUCUCGAUGCUCCAACUAGGCGAAUCUUCUGUCCUUUCACAUCCGAUUGAUGAUGACUCUCGUGAUAGGAUUGUUCUCUGCAUUAGGUUGCUGUGCAAUACCGGUGAUGAGAUAAGGAAGAUAUGGCUGCAGUCCUGCAGACAGAGCUUUGUGAAAAUGCUUGCAGAUAAGCAGCACCGGGAAACAGAAGAAAUAAAAGCUAAGGCCCAGAUAUCUAAUGUACAGCCAGAUGAUCUUAUUGAUUUCUACCAUCUGAAGAGCAGGAAGGGUAUGAGCCAGCUUGAGUUGGAAGAUGAGGUCCAAGAUGAUCUCAAGCGUGCCACUGGUGAGUUCACAAAGGAUGGAGAUGAUGCAAAUAAACUCAAUCGAAUUCUUCAGCUUACAGGAUUCAGUGAUCCUGUCUAUGCUGAAGCAUAUGUUACAGUUCAUCAUUAUGACGUAGUCCUAGAUGUUACUGUUAUCAACCGAACAAAGGAGACCCUCCAAAGUUUGUGCUUGGAGUUGGCAACCAUGGGGGAUCUGAAACUCGUUGAGCGACCACAAAACUACACACUAGCUCCAGAGUCGAGCAAACAGAUUAAGGCGAAUAUUAAGGUCUCUUCAACCGAAACAGGAGUCAUAUUUGGUAACAUUGUAUAUGAGACUUCUUCAAAUGUUCUUGAGAGAAAUGUUAUUGUCCUCAAUGACAUCCAUAUUGAUAUAAUGGAUUACAUCUCCCCUGCAUCAUGUGCUGAUGUGGCAUUUAGAACAAUGUGGGCAGAGUUUGAGUGGGAAAACAAGGUUGCUGUAAAUACUAUCAUUCAAGAUGAGAAGGAGUUUCUGAACCACAUUAUCAAGUCAACGAACAUGAAAUGCCUCACUCCAUUUUUUCGGUACGGUGACGUGUUGCCUUGUGAUUCGAUGCCUUCCUUGAUCUUCGCUCUCCUCGGAAUCUGCAAAAUAAUAAACGGCUCGUCGGCUCGUGGGGGUGCCGACCAUACCCCCACUCCGAUGCCUAAAUCGGCUCUAGAAGGGGAGUGUGGGUUCCUUGCUGCUAACCUGUACGCAAAGAGUGUUUUUGGGGAGGAUGCUCUGGUGAAUGUGAGCGUUGAGAAACAAGCAGAUGGUAAGCUGGGUGGAUACAUAAGGAUAAGAAGUAAAACUCAAGGUAUUGCCCUAAGUCUUGGGGACAAGAUCACUUUGAAACAAAAGGGUGGUGGCACUUGACUGGACCGGAUGCCUACUUUUUGUCUAUUUUCUUGAAGCUCUCUUAGGCUUUAUUUACUUCUACCUUGUUUGUUUUCGUUUGGGAGCAACGUUAUUCUUGUCUCCCUUCGAAUCACUUGUAAUUGCAUGUAUAUUAUCUUGAGAUCCAAAGACAUUGUUAUCACUUUGGAUCUUUGCACGAGUCAUUUGCUCUUUUAGAAAUAGGGACAGAUACCAUAUAUUGGCGUCCAUUGAUCUCUGAUACAAGUUGUCCGCUUGGGCCUCAUAUUUUUUGAUUUUGUAGAUGACAGUUACUUCCCAUCCA